AGCGGUAUCGAGAGGGCAGCCCGUGCCCCAUGUUGUGAGCGUUUGAGGACUGCCGGGGGCAGAAGUGAAAGGGUGGGAAGGGUGGUGCCGCGGGCAUGGAGUAUGGAGGCGGUGGCGGGGGCGGUGUGGGACGUGGGGGUGUCCAACCACCCUCCGCAGGUGCGAGGGGCAUCGCAGGCACCGACACUAUCGACGCUCUCGACGCGUGGCACAAAAACGAACAAAGGCUCCUCAUGGAGUCCAGGCACAAGCAACAAUUGAGCGGGAGGACGGGGACCGGAGGGGCGCCCUUGUAUGGGCGAUUGGUCGCCGAGGAGCCCAUGCCCCCAACGGUAUGCGGCGGAGGGGGCGGCGGUGGUGGUGGGGGUGCCGGUGGGGUUCAGCAGGAGACCGCCACGGACAUCCACGCCAUGCAGGCCAGGAUACCCCACAGAUUCCGCGAUCCAGCGACGGCACCCCUACGGAAGCUAAGCGUCGAUCUUAUCAAAACCUACAAGCACAUCAACGAGGUUUAUUAUGCGAAGAAGAAGAGAAGGGCACAGCAGAUGCAGGGAGAAGAUGGUUCGCAUAAAAAAGAAAGAAAGCUUUACAAUGACGGUUGGGAUGACGACAACCACGAUUACAUUAUCAAGAAUGGGGAAAAGUUCCUCGAUCGAUACGAGAUCGACUCAUUAAUAGGUAAAGGCAGUUUUGGCCAAGUAGUAAAAGCAUUUGACCACGAAGAGCAAACACAAGUGGCAAUAAAAAUCAUAAAGAAUAAAAAACCUUUUCUAAAUCAAGCCCAAAUCGAAGUUAGGUUGUUGGAAAUGAUGAACAGGGCGGAUACGGACAACAAGUAUUAUAUAGUUAAACUGAAGAGGCAUUUUAUGUGGCGAAAUCACUUAUGUUUGGUAUUCGAAUUGCUAUCGUAUAAUCUCUAUGACUUACUUAGGAAUACAAAUUUUCGGGGUGUGUCGUUAAAUUUGACAAGAAAAUUUGCACAGCAAUUGUGUACUGCCCUCUUGUUCCUGUCUACACCGGAAUUGAACAUCAUUCACUGUGAUCUGAAACCCGAGAACAUUCUUUUAUGUAAUCCCAAACGAAGCGCGAUAAAAAUAGUCGACUUCGGUAGUUCGUGUCAACUUGGCCAGAGGAUAUAUCAGUAUAUCCAGUCCAGGUUUUACAGAUCUCCAGAAGUCCUCUUAGGAAUACCUUAUGACCUCGCGAUAGACAUGUGGAGUUUGGGAUGUAUUUUGGUAGAAAUGCACACAGGAGAACCUUUGUUUAGUGGGGCCAAUGAGGUCGAUCAAAUGAACAAAAUUGUCGAAGUAUUAGGCAUGCCACCAAAACGUAUAUUGGACCAAGCGCAUAAAGCGCGGAAAUACUUUGACAAAGUCCCCACGGACGGCUCGUACGUGCUGAAAAAGUCCAAAGACGGUAAAAAGUAUAAACCUCCUGGUACAAGGCGGUUGCACGAAAUUUUGGGCGUUGAAAGUGGCGGUCCUGGUGGUAGAAGGAUAGGUGAACCUGGUCACUCGAUCUCUGACUACCUCAAAUUUAAGGACUUAAUUCUACGAAUGUUGGAUUUUGAUCCAAAGACGAGAGUUACGCCAUACUACGCGCUUCAGCACAAUUUCUUUAAAAGAACAGCCGAUGAGGGGACCAACACGAACAUUGCUGCUGCGAAUAGUGCAAAUACAAGUCCAGCAGUGGUGUCAAUGAGCCAGGAUCAUGGACUGGUAACCAUGUCAGGACAGGGCAGCAGCAGCAGCGGUAGUCUGAUGCAAGUGUCAAGCCUCCCUGGUAGCUAUCAACCCAUGGAAUGUGAGGCUUCACCUCGUCAUUCAAGUAGUCGGCGCGGCAUAACAACAGGCUAUCCAUCAACAUCAGCCACUGGGGUGUCUGCGUCCACUUCGAUGUCCAUGCAGCCCAUGGACAACUCGCUGAUACCAAGCUCUCUUGGAUCGUACAAUAGCCUAAUUCUACCUGGUAUACCCCAUCUGCCUGCGAUGAUGACCUCACCAAUGAUACAGCAGCAAAAUUUCUAUAAUUAUGGUUACUCGACGACAGAUUCACAUGGGAUGGUUAGACAGCCGUCGACGGUUUCAACCGGUAAACAGAGAGAUCCGGAAAGGGAAGAUAGCCCUAUGGUUGGGGUGUGCGUCCAACAAAGUCCAGUCGCUAUCCAUUGAAUUAGAAAAGGAAAUAACGGAGGACAAUACACAUGUUACGAUCGUGAGACCGUAGAUAACUAUUAAACGGUUACGAAUCGAGCUCAUGGCAAGUUUAGAGUAUUGUCGUGGCGUCAAUGAAGAAACGAAUAAAACUAGGAAAGGAAAACGUACAGCUUGAAGUCGUCCCCAAACAUUAGUUUAUCAAGUACCAAGACAAGUAGUGUAAUAUUAUUGAUCACUAUGACAGUGAACCCUAUAGCUUUUCGGAAUUGGUUUGACUGAUCGACGUAGAGAAGAAGAAGGAUAAAAAUAAGAAGAAUAAGAAGACGAUGUGACGAUGAAGAGAUAGUAGGACAAAAAAAGGAAACAAAAAAAAAAGAAAAGAAAUUACAUGGAAAAACGUAUUCCAAAGCAAAUCACAAACGAAGCCUUUGUCUCUGAACCAAGAGAUUACCAGAAUGGAGACGUACUUUAAGCGUGAUAACAUUUAAUGACGCCGUGAAGAUACUGAUAAGUAGGAAAAAGCUAAGAAAAGAAAAAGAACGAGGGUAACCUCUUUUUCUGUUACUUUUUUUACAAGCUGACUGGCCCUAUAUUGGGCAUGGAUAUAUAACUAGCACAGAAGAUUUAUGAAACUUUUCGAGCAUGGACAGACAGUUAUGGUCUAGUGAGGAUGAACCCAGCUGGCCUCGUGGGUCCUGCCCGAUUCUGUAGACACUUUGAACAGUUUAGUCGAUACAACAUUAAGAAGAAAAAGAAGAAAGAAGAAAAAAAAACAAAAACGUUCGGUACUCAAACUGUGUGGCCUAGAGAGCGAAAAAGUGAUAAUUACUAUUAUUACCGCGUAAAAAGAAGGAAGUCGUAAGAAUUACCAAUUUAAGCAUGUACCAUCAUACAGUUUUAUACACCAUGUCACGAAUGUAAACGGUUAGGAAAUAAUUGCGAGCAAACAGUUGUGUCGAAUGCUGGCUAUUUGUACAAUACACUUAGGUGAAUGAUAAGAGUGCAGCUUUAGAGUUUAGCUUGUAAGUGUGAGAGAGGGAGGUAAUACAGACAUUGUUAACACAAUUCUUUUUAUUUACUUUGAUGAAAAAUGAGGAUAUUGCAAACGUCAGUUUGUUGCUAAAGAAGGACUUUAAACAAACGAGGUUUGCGCAGCUUAACAACAAUACAUCAUAUUUAUACAUAAAAACAGUAAUAAGAAAGCUUACAAAAGCAGUAUACACGUAAGAGCGAUCAAGAAUGGUAUAAUCAUACGAAAAACCUAGGUACUUUAUAAUAAACAAUACGCGCGUAUUCACAUACACAUGUUUCCAAUGCUAAUCGUCAUUGAUUUUUGCCGUUUGCUCUGAUGAUCAUUUAUUUCUUAUCGCAUGAUAUAGGUUUGAAUUAUUUUCAAGUUGUCAGCUUCACUUUUGUCGUGUUUUUAAAAAAAAAAAAAAGGAUUCCUUCCAAUCGAUUAUUUUUAUGUGAUUUUAAUUUCGUAUAAAGACUACGAGUGUUCAUGAUAAAUAUAUAUAUAUAUUUAUAUACAUAUAUGCACGCAUAUACACAUACAUAUAUAUAUAUAUAUAUUUAUAUACAUAUAUAUAUAUUUAUGUUGCAAGAAAACGCGUUCAAUAUUUCUGAUUCUACUAAAUUUCAAUUGCCGCGAGUGUAUUUCUUGAAUACGCUACCAUUUGUAGGUGUAGUAUAGUACCUGAUGGCAGACUAAUUGCAAUUGAAGUAGUAAGUCUUUAUACAGCGCAGAUGUGACCGGCAACAAUAUAAAUUUUAAUAAU